AUGACUCCGUCCCGAAAUCAACUCAGACAAGACAUAGAACCAAAGAUGAGUAAGAUUACAGCAGGUGUGCUAGCUCUACAAGGCGCAUUUUAUGAACAUUUACAACUCCUUCGAAAAGCAGCAGAUAUCUUGAAUUCAUCUUCUCAACAACAGACGCAAUGGAAAUUCAUCGAGGUACGGACAAAGGCGCAAUUGGAUGCGUGUGAUGCACUCAUCCUGCCUGGUGGUGAGAGCACGACUAUCUCUCUUGUUGCAGCUAGUUCAGGAUUAUUAGAGCCAUUGAGGGAUUUUGUCAAACUACAUCGCAAACCAACCUGGGGUACAUGCGCCGGACUCAUUCUCCUCGCUGAAUCAGCCAACCGCACAAAAAAAGGAGGUCAAGAACUCAUCGGCGGCAUUGAUGUCCGCGUAAACCGGAACCAUUUCGGUCGUCAGACGGAAAGUUUCCAGGCUCCGAUUGACCUGCCAUUCCUACAAGAUUCGACCAUUCCGGAAACCCUCCCAUUCAACGGUGUAUUCAUCCGGGCUCCCGUAGUGGAAAGGAUCCUCCCUCAUCAACAGGGCAUACAAAUCGAAGAAAAUCAACGAGAAGAAACCAUCGUCGCUCCAUCGAGGUCAGCAGUCGAUACCGCAGCUCAAAAGAUUCUGGAAGAUCAAGUCGAAGUUUUGGCAAAAUUACCGGGGAGAGCUGCUCGGUUAGUUGCAAAUAGUGGUGUGAAUAUUGAUGCCGAGAAGGAGGCAGAGGAUAUAAUUGCGGUCAAACAAGGGAAUGUCUUUGGUACGAGUUUUCAUCCGGAGUUGACGGAUGACCCGAGGAUUCAUCUUUGGUGGUUGCGACAGGUACGGGAUGCUGUUCAGAGCAGAAAUAUUGAUAGAUGA